CUUAGCAAUACAAGCCUGGAAGCCUGGAACCCGGCGUCUCCGAGAUGUCCCUGGGGAACGCCAGCCGCCGCAGAGAGGGAACUUCCCGGGGGCCCCACGGCAUCCUAGUUGGCGCCGGGCUCAGGCCCUCAACCCUGCCUCCCUCACGAGGCUUUCCCGGAGGCGGCGAGAGCGUGGCCAGCCCGGAGGAGGCCCCAGCCGCCAGCCCGCUGCUAGAAGACCUCAGGCGGCGGCUGGCGAGCGCCUUCCAGCGGGCGGCGCCGCGCGGCGUCUCGAGGCGCUCGCGGGAGGAGGCGGCGGCGGAGGCGGCGCGGGAGGAGCGGAGCCGGGCGCGCGUCGAGAGCGCCCUGGCCGGGCUGCGCGCCGAGCUGCUGGAAAUGCAUUUCCAGAAUUGCCAGCUGGCCAGAACUCUGCUGGAUUUAAACGUGAAAAUGCAGCAACUGAAAAAGUAUGAACUGGAAAUUGCAUCAGAAUUGCAAAGCUCGGAAGAUAAUGUCGUGAAUAUGGAAUGAGGAAACGCACAGAAGAAGAUCUGAACCCUAAAAGUAACAUAGACAGCUCUGAAACAAUUCUGACAGUAACAUUAUGGAUGCUUUGUGUAAGACUUUAGGGGCAAUUUUUAGGCCAAAAGCUUUGAUGCCAUGGGGAAGUGACAGAAAACAUCUACAAGAGGGGAGAGAAAAUGGUAUGUUGUCAAGUUUUACAGUUAUGUAUUCAUUGUUUUGGCUGGGAAAUAGAAGUAAAAAGAAUGUACUGAAGAAUGCCUUAAUGCCAAUUUCCAGCGUUCUGUCUUGUGCCAUCUUAACUUUCUGAUGUUAUCUGAACUUUCAGAAUCUGUGUUUGCUUUUGUUCUACUUGAUUAUUCUCGGUUUGUCUGCCCAGUUAGCUGUUCAGUAGCCUUUCCUUCCCGUCCUGUCCCCUUUUUGGAGAAUUACUCCUGCCUAGAUUCCAACCAUACCCUUCAGGUAGAGUCUACCAUUAAGGGUGUCUCACCUCUUUGGAUAUAGUCACGCAGAUUGAGGCAGUUUGAUCAACUUGUCCUCAGGAGUUUUUGAACUUGAGCUAAGGGAGCAGAUGAGUAUUAGAAGCUGAUGGGAGAAGCUGUGGAACAGAGGGGCUUGGAAGCUGCUGGUGGCCACCAUGUGAGAGAAUGGAAUCUCUAAUAUAGGAGGUCGAAACAGCACCACUGAGAGCCCAAAAGGGGAGGGAGAGAGCUGCUCUUCCUUGACUCAGGUGCAACUUCUUAAAUCCCCAGCCCUUGCUGUCAUUUGGGUACAUGAAAAUCCUCCAAUAGCCUCCUAAUACCAUCUCCUUUUGCCUAAGUCAAUUGAGUUGGAGUUUUAUGACUUGUACACAAAUGGUUCCCAACUAACACAAUUCCUUUGUUAAGCUUUUAGGAGUUAAAAUGGUUCAUGUUGAAUUAGAAUAUCUACCUCUACCUUAAAAG